UUUCGAGGGGAGUACAAUCGGAACGCUCUCCUGUGGAUGGAGAGUGUGGAAUGUCGAACCAUCGGAUUCCUGGCUAUGCUCUCCUCAGAGGUGAAUUAACAUGCGUGCACACACACACACACACACACACACACACACACACACACACACACACACACACACACACACACACACACACACACACACACACGUGGAUGGUGAGAGAGUCCUAAGAGAUGCAAUGAUUCUUCCAGAACAUCAUGUUCUGUCUCCGUGCCAACUCACAAUGUUUUAAUAUAUUUCCUCUCCCAAUAAAUGUGUUGCAAAUGGCACCCUGUUCCAUAUAGUAUAGUGCACUACUUUAGGGUGCCAUUUAGAGUGCCGUUUGGGACGCAGGGUGCCAUUUGGGACGCAGUCUGAGUAUUUAAGCUGUUUCUUCUCAUCCUGGUGCAUUUUAACACUUCCCCAGAAGUCUGGAGGAUCACUCUGUUCUAGCAGCCUGAGUCCCAGUCUGUGUGUGCCAUCUGGCCAAAUCAUUGUCACUUAUUUGGUCCCAGUCAGUUUCCACAGUUCCAUAGGCUACUGUUGUACGGGGCCUUUGUGCAGGAAUCUUGACGUUGAGGGAGGGAGGGAGGGAGGGAGGGAGGGAGUGGGAGGGAGGGAGUGGGAGGGAGGGAGAGAGGGAGGGAGGGAGGGAGAGAGGGAGGGAGGGAGAGAGGGAGGGAGGGAGGGAGGGAGGGAGGGAGGGAGGGAGGGAGGGAGGGAGGGAGGGAGGGAGGGAGGGAGGGAGGGAGGGAGGGAGGGAGGGAGGGAGGGGGGAGGGAGGGAGGGGGAUGGGGGGAGAGGGAGAGAGGGUAGAGAGAGGGAGGGAGGGAGGGAGGGAGGGAGGAGAGGGAGAGAGGGAGAGAGGGAGAGAGGGAGAGGAGGGAGAGAGGGAGAGAGGGAGAGAGGGAGAGAGAGAGGGAGAGAGGGAGGGAGGGAGGGAGGGAGGGGGGAGGGAGGGAGGGGGAUGGGGGAGAGGGAGAGAGGUAGAGAGGGAGGGAGGGAGGGAGAGGGAGGGAGGGAGGGCGAGAGGGAGAGAGGGAGAGAGAGAGAGAGAGGGAGAGAGAGAGACCCUAAAGCCUCUAUCUGAGCUGUGCGUUUCCAACUCUAAUACUGUUCCAGGUAUCAGUUCUGCUGCUAACCUAUCUGACGCUGGAGAAGUUUCUGGUCAUAGUGUUUCCCUUCAGUCACCUGAGACCUGGAAAACUACAGACUGUGGUAAGUCACACUACAUGCACCUGCUAUAACACUACUUAAACCUGCUAUAACAGGUAAUAACUUACAACCAGACCAACGACAAACUGUGGUGCUUAAACAGUACUUAAACCUGCCAUAACAGGUCAUAAACAUUUCAUUACCACAGGCAACUGACAUAACAUGCCCUCUUUGAAAUCUCAGUAGAUGGAUGCAUUGCACUCUUUUUGUUUAUAAAGCCCUCCUGCAUAAACUUCCGGCGUACCUUACUUCAUUGUUAACUUAUAGACGUAGGAGAUACCAGACCUGGAAUCAGGGAUGAUUACUCUGGAGAUCCCUUCGAUCUCUACUGAGUUAGUUAAAUCAUCUUUUUUUUCUUUCUCCAAGGCUCUCUAAAAGGCACUGCAUCGCAGUGCUAACUGUGCCACUAGAGAUCCUGGUUCGAAUCCAGGCUCUGUCGCAGCCGGCCACGACCGGGGGACACAUGGGCGGCGCACAAUUGGCCCAGCGUCGUCCAGGGUAGGGGAGGGAAUGGCCGGCAGGGAUGUAGCUCAGUUGAUAGAGCAUGGCGUUUGCAAUGCCAGGGUUGUGGGUUUGAUUCCCACUGGGGGCCAGUAUAAAAAAAAAAUAUAUAUAUACAGUGAUCCCUCGCCACUUCGCGGUUCACUUAUCGCGGAUUCGCUAUUUCGCGGAUUUUCAUAAUGCAUUUUUUUUUUUUUUUUUGGUGCAUUGUGCUCUGCAUUCUGAUUCGCUAAAAACUCACUCCCGCUUCUUGUAUCAAAACAUGCUACGAAUUGUGCUAUCAUUUUGUCGUCUCGUGCAGUUAUGUGUACGUACAUAAAACAGCUUGGCAAAUUUACAUUAAGUUGGCCAAAUUAUCUUGUAAUUUCGAACAUCUUCUAAACCCAUAAUGUCGACGAAACGGCCUACACGUGAGUCACUGUAUUUGUAUACAUGUAAUAGUUGCUAAUUGUAAAAAAAAAAAAGUUUUCUAUUUCGCGGAUUUCACUUAUCGCGGGUCAUUUUCGGAACGUAACCCCCGCGAUAAACGAGGGAUUACUGUAUAUAUAUAUGUAUUCACUAAUUGUAAGUCGCUCUGGAUAAGAGCGUCUGCUAAAUGACUAAAAUGUAAAAUGUAAAUGUAAAAUGUGAUGAAUUUGUGCCUGUAGAGCUAUUGAAAAGGCUGAUUGAGGACCUUUUUACUGAACAAAGUGUUUGUUUUCUGUUAUUGUGUUUUGCUUUUAGCGUAUUGACGUGAAUAUUGCUUUGUUAUUGAUGUAUAUGUGGGUUUAUUGGUGUGUAUUAAUGUGUGUAGUGUGUAUUGCUGUGUAUUGAUGUGUACUGUCAUGUAUAUUGUGUAUCGAUGUGUAUUGGUGUAUAUUGAUGUGUAUUGACAUAUGUUAUAUGGAUGUUUAUUGGUGUGUACUGAUGUGUGCUGACGUGUACUGAUGUGUAAUGGUGUGUAUUUAUCUGUAAAGGGUAGAGCUGCCGCUUUCAAGGAGCGGGACUCUAACCCGGAUGCUUAUAAGAAAUCCCGCUAUGCCCUCCGACGAACCAUCAAACAGGCAAAGAGUCAAUACAGGACUAAGAUUGAAUCGUCCUACACCGGCUCUGACACCGGUCGGAUGUGGCAGGGCUUGAAAACUAUUACAGACUACAAAGGGAAGCACAGCCGCGAGCUGCCCAGUGACACAAGCCUACCAGACAAGCUAAAUCACUUCCAUGCUCGCUUCGAGGCAAGCAACACUGAAGCAUGCAUGAGAGCACCAGCUGUUACGGAUGACUAUGUGAUCACACUCUCCGUAGCCGAUGUGAGUAAGACCUUUAAACAGGUCAACAUUCACAAGGCCGCAGGGCCAGACGGAUUACCAGGACGUGUUCUCCGAGCACGCGCUGACCAACUGGCAAGUGUCUUCACUGACAUUUUCAACAUGUCCCUGACUGAGUCUGUAAUACCAACAUGUUUCAAGCAGACCACCAUAGUCCCUGUGCCCAAGAACACUAAGAUAGCCUGCCUAAAUGACUACCGACCCGUAGCACUCACGUCUGUAGCCAUGAAGUGCUUUGAAAGACAGGUCAUGGCUCACAUCAACACCAUUAUCCCAGAAACCCUAGACCCACUACAAUUUGCAUACCACCUCAACAGAUGAUGCAAUCUCUAUUGCACUCCACACUGCCCUUUCCCACCUGGACAAGAGGAACACCUACGUGAGAAUGCUAUUCAUUGACUACAGCUCAGCGUUCAACACCAUAGCGCCCUCAAAGCUCAUCACUAAGCUAAGGAUCCUGGGACUAAACACCUCCCUCUUAAACUUUUAGUUAUUUGCUUACAUUUUUUUUACUUAACACUUUUUUUUAUUUUACUAUUUCUUUAAAAAAACUGCAUUGUUGGUUAAGGGCUUGUAAGUAAGCAUUUCACUGUAAGGUCUACACCUGUUGUAUACGGCGCAUGUGGCAAAUAACAUUUGAUUUGAUUUGAGUAUGUGUAUUGGUGUGUACUGAUGUGUAUUGGUGUGUAUUGAUGUGUAUAUUGAUAUAUAUGUAUGUGUAAUUAUGUAUAUUGAUGUGUAAUGAUGUAAAUUGAUGUGUAUUGAUGUGAAUUGGUGUGUAUGCAGAGCUCAUCUGAGAAAAAGACCAAUGUGUUCUGUUCUUGUUCUUUUUUAUUAUAUUAUAUUCUAUUAUGUUCUAUUCUAGAAUGUUCUAUUAUAUUCUGUUCUAUUAUAUUCUGUUCUAUUCUAUUCUAGUAUGUUCUAUUCUAGUAUGUUCUAUUCUACAGUAUCCGGUGUCCUUUAGUGUUACCAUCUCCUCCCACUAGGUGGUGCUGGUGUCUAUCUGGGUGCUGGGGUUCAUCAUCGCCGUGGUUCCCCUGAUGAAUGAGGACCUGUUUGGGAACUACUAUGGUCGUAACGGGGUCUGCUUCCCCCUACACUCAGACAGACAGGAGAAGCUCACUGCUAAAGGAUACUCUAUCGGCAUAUUCCUGGGUACGGUGUGUGUGUGUGUGUGUGUGUGUGUGUGUGUGUGUGUGUGUGUGUGUGUGUGUGUGUGUGUGUGUGUGUGUGUGUGUGUGUGUGAAAUGUGUACCUGUAGAAAACUUGACUUUAGUAAAAAUAACAUCAUGGCAUAGGCACAGUAGUGCUGUCCUUGCUGGGUUAAGGGAUGCUUGUUGGAUAAAAGGAUGCUUGUUGGGUAAAGGGAUGCUUGUUGGAUAAAGGGACGCUUGUUGGGUAAAGGGAUGCUUGUUGGGUAAAGGGAUGCUUGUUGGGUAAAGGGAUGCUUGUUGGAUAAAGGGAUGCUUGUUGGGUAAAGGGAUGCUUGUUGGGUAAAGGGAUGCUUGUUGGGUAAAGGGAUGCUUGUUGGGUAAAGGGAUGCUUGUUGGAUAAAGGGAUGCUUGUUGGGUAAAGGGAUGCUUGUUGGAUAAAGGGAUGCUUGUUGGGUAAAGGGAUGCUUGUUGGGUAAAGGGAUGCUUGUUGGAUAAAGGGAUGCUUGUUGGGUAAAGGGAUGCUUGUUGGGUAAAGGGAUGCUUGUUGGAUAAAGGGACGCUUGUUGGGUAAAGGGAUGCUUGUUGGGUAAAGGGAUGCUUGUUGGAUAAAGGGAUGCUUGUUGGGUAAAGGGAUGCUUGUUGGUUAAAGGGAUGCUUGUUGGAUUAAGGGAUGCUUGUUGGGUAAAGGGAUGCUUGUUGGUUAAAGGGAUGCUUGUUGGGUAAAGGGAUGCUUGUUGGGUAAAGGGAUGCUUGUUGGAUAAAGGGAUGCUUGUUGGGUAAAGGGAUGCUUGUUGGGUAAAGGGAUGCUUGUUGGGUAAAGGGAUGCUUGUUGGGUGAAUGGAUGCUUGUUGGGUGAAGGGAUGCUUGUUGGAUAAAGGGAUGCUUGUUGGAUAAAGGGAUGCUUGUUGGGUAAAGGGAUGCUUGUUGGGUAAAGGGAUGCUUGUUGGAUAAAGGGACGCUUGUUGGGUAAAGGGAUGCUUGUUGGGUUAAAGGGAUGCUUGUUGGAUAAAGGGAUGCUUGUUGGGUAAAGGGAUGCUUGUUGGUUAAAGGGAUGCUUGUUGGAUUAAGGGAUGCUUGUUGGGUAAAGGGAUGCUUGUUGGUUAAAGGGAUGCUUGUUGGGUAAAGGGAUGCUUGUUGGGUAAAGGGAUGCUUGUUGGAUAAAGGGAUGCUUGUUGGGUAAAGGGAUGCUUGUUGGGUAAAGGGAUGCUUGUUGGGUAAAGGGAUGCUUGUUGGGUGAAUGGAUGCUUGUUGGGUGAAGGGAUGCUUGUUGGAUAAAGGGAUGCUUGUUGGGUAAAGGGAUGCUUGUUGGGUGAAGGGAUGCUUGUUGGGUGAAGGGAUGCUUGUUGGGUGAAGGGAUGCUUGUUGGGUGAAGGGAUGCUUGUUGGGUGAAGGGAUGCUUGUUGGGUGAAGGGAUGCUUGUUGGAUAAAGGGAUGCUUGUUGGGUAAAGGGAUGCUUGUUGGGUAAAGGGAUGCUAGUUGGAUAAAGGGAUGCUUGUUGGGUAAAGGGAUGCUUGUUGGGUAAAGGGAUGCUUGUUGGAUAAAGGGAUGCUUGUUGGGUAAAGGGAUGCUUGUUGGGUAAAGGGAUGCUUGUUGGGUAAAGUGAUGCUUGUUGGAUUCUCUCCAUUAUUUUUUUAAUGAUUCUCUGGAUUCUCUUUGUGUUGCAGAAUAGAGGGGAUUAGAAACACUUCCCUUCUUUCACCGUUAUCUCUUCACCAUUAUCUCUUCACCAUUAUCUCUUCACCGUUAUCUCUUCAUUAUUAUCUCUUCACCGUUAUCUCUUCACCGUUAUCUCUUCACCGUUAUCUCUUCACCGUUAUCUCUUCACCGUUAUCUAUUCACCGUUAUCUCUUCACCGUUAUCUCUUCACCGUUAUCUCUUCACCAUUAUCUCUUCACCAUUAUCUCUUCUGCUUCAUCUCUGUGACAACAAAUAUUCAAAACUGGAGCAUAAACAUAAACAUUGCCUAGCCAGUGUUCUAGUCCUGGUGGUCUGUAUGUACACUGAGUGUGCAAAACAAGGUGUUCCUAAUGUUUGGUAUACUCAGCGUAUUUCUCUCAUGCACAUGAGUAUGCAUCUUUCUCGGGGGGAGAGAUAGAGAGUUCUCUCAGGAGAGCGAGAGCAUAGGUAUACUCAUCUAGCCUCUCAGGAUCUCUCUCUCUCUAUCUUCUAGCUCUCUCUCGAUCGCGCUCUCUCUCUUCUUCUCAUCUCUUCUCUCUCUCUCUCUCUCUCUCUCUCUCUCUCUCUCUCUCUCAAUUUAAACGUCAAUUGCCAAAGCAAGAGAAAUACAGGUAAAGUAUUUGAUCCCCUGCUGAUUUUGUACGUUUGCCCACUGACAAAGAAAUUAUCAGUCUAUAAUUUUAAUGGUAGGUUUAUUUGAACAGUGAGAGACAGAAUAACAGCAAAAAAAAUCCAGAAAAAUGCAUGUCAAAAUGUUAUAAAUUGACUUGAAUUUUAAUGAGGGAAAUAAGUAUUUGACCCCUCUGCAAAACAUGACUUAGUACUUGGUGGCAAAACCCUUGUUGGCAAUCACAGAGGUCAGACGUUUCUUGUAGUUGGCCACCAGGUUUGCACACAUCUCAGGAGGGAUUUUGUCCCACUCCUCUUUGCAGAUCUUCUCCAAGUCAUUAAGGUUUCGAGGCUGACGUUUGGCAACUCAAACCUUCAGCUCCCUCCACAGAUUUUCUAUGGGAUUAAGGUCUGGAGACUGGCUAGGCCACUCCAGGACCUUAAUGUGCUUCUUCUUGAGCCACUCCUUUGUUGCCUUGGCCGUGUGUUUUGGGUCAUUGUCAUGCUGGAAUACCCAUCCACGACCCAUUUUCAAUGCCCUGGCUGAGGGAAGGAGGUUCUCACCCAAGAUUUGACGGUACAAGGCCCCGUCCAUCGUCCCUUUGAUGCAGUGAAGUUGUCCUGUCCCCUUAGCAGAAAAACACCCCUAAAGCAUAAUGAUUCCACCUCCAUUUUUGACGGUGGGGAUGGUGUUCUUGGGGUCAUAGGCAGAAUUCCUCCUCCUCCAAACACAGCGAGUUUAGUUAAUGCCAAAGAGCUCCAUUUUGGUCUCAUCUGACCACAACACUUUCACCCAGUUCUCCUCUGAAUCAUUCAGAUGUUCAUUGGCAAACUUCAGACGGGCCUGUCUAUGUGCUUUCUUGAGCAGGGGGACCUUGCGGGCGCUGCAGGAUUUCAGUCCUUCACGGCGUAGUGUGUUACCAAUUGUUUUCUUGGUGACUAUGGUCCCAGCUGCCUUGAGAUCAUUGACAAGAUCCUCCCGUGUAAUUCUGGGCUGAUUCCUCACCGUUCUCAUGAUCAUUGCAACUCCACGAGGUGAGAUCUUGCAUGGAGCCCCAGGCCAAGGGAGAUUGACAGUUAUUUUGUGUUUCUUCCAUUUGCGAAUAAUUACUAACCCUAACUGUUGUCACCUUCUCACCAAGCUGCUUGGUGAUGGUCUUGUAGCCCAUUCCAGCCUUGUGUAGGUCUACAAUCUUGUCCCUGACAUCCUUGGAGAGCUCUUUGGUCUUGGCCAUGGUGGAGAGUUUGGAAUCUGAUUGAUUGAUUGCUUCUGUGUACAGGUGUCUUUUAUACAGGUAACAAGCUGAGAUUAGGAGCACUCCCUUUAAGAGUGUGCUCCUAAUCUCAGCUCAUUACCUGUAUAAAAGACACCUGGGAGCCAGAAAUCUUUCUGAUUGAGAGGGGGUAAAAUACUUAUUUCCCUCAUUAAAAUGCAAAUCAAUUUAUAACAUUUUUUACAUGCGUUUUUCUGGAUUUUUUUGUUGUUAUUCUGUCUCUCACUGUUCAAAUAAACCCACCAUUAAAAUUAUAGACUGAUAAUUUCUUUGUCAGUGGGCAAACGUACAAAAUCAGCAGGGGAUCAAAUACUUUUUUCCCCUCACUGUAAAUAAUAAACAAAAGUGAAAUAAACAAUAAAUAUUAACAGUAAACAUUACACUCAGAAGUUCCAAAAGAAUAAAGACAUUUCAAAUGUCAUAUUAUGUAUAUAUACAGUGUUGUAACAAUGUGCAAAUAGUUAAAGUACAAAUGGGAAAAUAAAUAAACAUGGGUUGUAUUUACAAUGGUGUUUGUUCUUCACUUGUUGCCCUUUUCUUGUGGCAACAGGUUACAAAUCUUGCAGCUGUGAUGGCACACUGUGGUUAUUCUACCAGUAGAUAAGAGAGUUUAGCAAAAUGUGGAUUGUUUUCGAAUUAUUUGUGGAUCUGUGUAAUCUGAGGGAAAUAUGUGUCUCUAAUAUGGUCAUACAUUUGGCAGGAAGUUAGGAAGUGCAGCUCAGUUUCCACCCAAUUUUGUGGGCAGUGGGCACAUAGCCUGUCUUCUCUUGAGAGCCAGUUCUGCCUCUCUCAAUAGCAAGGCUAUACUCACUGAGUCUGUACAUAGUCAAAGCUUUCCUUAUUUUGGGUCAGUCACAGUGGUCAGGUAUUCUGCCACUGUGUACUCUCUGUUUAGGGCCAAAUAGCAUUCUAGUUCAGUGUUUUUGUCAAUUCUUUCCAAUAUGUCAAGUAAUUAUCUUCUUGUUUUCUCAUGAUUUGGUUGUGUCUAAUUGUGUUGCUGUCCUGGGGCUCUGUGGGGUCUGUUUGUGUUUGUGAACAGAGCCCCAGGACCAGCUUGUUUAGGGGACUCUUCUCCAGGUUCAUCUCUCUGUAGGUGAUGGCUUUGUUAUGGAAGGUUUGGGAAUCACGUCCUUUUAGGUGGUUGUAGAAUUUAACGGCUCUUUUCUGGAUUUUGAUCAUUAGUGGGUAUCGGCGUAAAUAUGCUCUGCAUGCAUUAUUUAGUGUUUUACGUUGUACACUGAGGAUAUUUUUGCAGAAUUCUGCAUGCGGAGUCUCAAUUUGGUGGUUGUCCCAUUUAGUGAAUUAUUGGUUGGUGAGCGGACCCCAGACCUCACAACCAUAUAUUGAUAUAUAUUAAUAUUUGUGUCAUUUAGCAGACACCAUGAAGGGCAAUGGGUUCAGACACCAUGAAGGGCAAUGGGUUCUAUAACUGAUUCAAGUAUGUUUAGUCCUAAUUGGGAUGUUGAAUUUUAUGUUCCUUUUGAAGGCAUAGAAGGCCCUUCUUGCCUUGUCUCUCAGAUCGUUUACAGCUUUGGGGCUUUGACGGGUGUAUUUCUCUCUCUCUCUCUCUCUCUCUCUCUCUCUCUCUCUCUCUCUCUCUCUCUCUCUCUCUCUCUCUCUCUCUCUCUCUCUCUGUCUCUCUCUCUCUCUGUCUCUGUCUCUCUCUCUCUCUGUCUCUGUCUCUGUCUCUGUCUCUCUCUCUCUCUGUCUGUCUCUCUCUCUGUCUCUCUCUCUGUCUCGGCAGGUAGCUUAGUGGUUAAGAGCGUUGUGCCAGUAACCGUAAAGGUCGCUGGUUCUAAUCCCCGAGCCGACUAGGUGAAAAAUCUGUCGAUGUGCCCUUGAGCAAGGCACUUAACCCUAAUUGCUCCUGUAAGUCGCUCUGGAUAAGAGCGUCUGCUAAAUGACAUAAAUGUAAAAUGUCUCUCAAAUUCAAGCUGCUUUAUUGGCAUGAAAAACGUUGUGUCAAUAUUCCCAAAGCAACGAUAUAUAAUAAAUAGAAAAGGCUAAACAUGGAAAAUGAAAGUAUAAUAACUAACUCAUAACUAAUUACCUGUCGUCCAUUACAUCAGUACUACAACUACCAUCAUCAUUACUACUACUACUACCACCACCAUCAUUAAACUGCUAUCAUUACCAUCACCCCUACUACCAUCAUCAUUACUACUACUACUACCACCACCAUCAUUAAACUGCUAUCAUUACCAUCACCCCUACUACCAUCAUCAUUACUACUACUACUACCACCACCAUCAUUAAACUGAUAUCAUUACCAUCACCCCUACUACCAUCAUCAUUACUACUACUACUACCAUCACCAUCAUUAAACUGCUAUCAUUACCAUCACCCCUACUACCAUCAUCAUUACUACUACUACUACCACCACUAUCAUUAAACUGAUAUCAUUACCAUCACCCCUACUACCAUCAUCAUUACUACUACUACUACCACCACUAUCAUUAAACUGAUAUCAUUACCAUCACCCCUACUACCAUCAUCAUUACUACUACUACCACCACCACCAUCAUUAAACUGAUAUCAUUACCAUCACCCCUACUACCAUCAUCAUUACUACUACUACUACCACCACCAUCAUUAAACUGCUAUCAUUACCAUCACCCCUACUACCAUCAUCAUUACUACUACUACUACCACCACCAUAAUUAAACUGCUAUCAUUACCAUCACCCCUACUACCAUCAUCAUUACUACUACUACUACCACCACCAUCAUUAAACUGAUAUCAUUACCAUCACCCCUACUACCCGUACCACUACUAUUUAGAAUAAUAAUCACAACAAUAAUAAUAACAAUAAUAUUACUACUACUACCACUAAUAAUAAUAAUAACAAGAAGAAAAAUACCAAUAAUAAUAAUAAUAAUAAUAAUAAUAAUAAUAAUAAGUAUGUUACUGUUUACUAUGCAGAUGUUAUUAUUCAGUGUCCCUCAGGCUAUGGCAGGCAAAUACAUAUUUGGCUGCAAGAGGAGCCGUUACUCCUUCGCCCAUGAGUAUUUUUAGUUUUUCCUCUGGGUUUAAUAAGUUAACAUUUGGAAUACAUGUAGUAAUUUCUGUGAGUAAUGAAUCUCUUGGUGUCUGUCUGUCUCUCUCUCUCUCUCUGUCUGUCUCUCAGUCUCUCUCUCAGUGACUGUCUCAGUCACUCGCUGUCUCUCUCUGUCUCUCUGUCUGUCUGUCUGUCUGUCUGUCUGUCUGUCUGUCUGUCUGUCUGUCUGUCUGUCUGUCUGUCUGUCUGUCUGUCUGUCUGUCUGUCUGUCUGUCUGUCUGUCUGUCUGUCUGUCUGUCUGUCUGUCUGUCUGUCUGUCUGUCUGUCUGUCUGUCUGUCUGUCUGUCUGUCUGUCUGUCUGUCUGUCUGUCUGUCUGUCUGUCUGUCUGUCUGUCUGUCUGUCUGUCUGUCUGUCUGUCUGUCUGUCUGUCUGUCUCUGAAUGGUGCCAAUAAAGGGUUUCUAAAAAUCUAAAGUCUUUCUCUCUAGGUCUGAACCUGGCAGCGUUCCUGGUGAUCGUGUUCUCCUACUCCUCCAUGUUCUACUCCAUCUAUAAGACUGGUAUCAAUGCUACAGGUAAAGGAAGAAAAUAAGGUACAUUUCUCCGGAGACGUAUCUCUAACAGGCUGUUCUGUUACAGACUUGAGGAGCAGGCUACACAGAGACGUGGCUGUAGCUAACAGGUUCUUCUUCAUCGUCUUCUCCGACGCCCUCUGCUGGAUCCCCAUCUUCCUGGUCAAAAUACUGUCCCUGCUGCAGGUCGAGAUACCAGGUGAUGCACCUGAACACACAAACACAUAUUUCUUUUUUUUUUCCAGGACAUAAAAAUUAAAAAGUAUAUUUUCCCUUUCCUCUAAACCUAAACCUAACCCUAACCUUAACCCUAAACCUAACCCUAACCCAAAAACCCUAAACCUAACCCGUAAGCUUAAAAUAGCAUUUGAACAAAUUCAGCACCUGAAAAAAGUCCAGACUUUUCAAAACAGUUAUUGUUUUCCUACCUUGUCAUUAAGGUGAAAUGUGAGGACAUUGGGGUCCGGAUAAUGUAUGGAAACAAGUACACACACACACACACACACACUACCCCUCCCACACACACACACACACACACACACACACACUACCCCUCCCCACACCACACACACACACACACACACACCACUACCCCCUCCCACACAACACACACGACCCCCCCCCCCCCCACACACACACACACACACACACAGACACACACACACGACCCCGCCCACACACACACACACACACGACCCCCCCCCACACACACACACACACACUAUCCCCCCCCCCCCCCCACACACACACACACACACACACACACACACACACACACACACACACACACACACACACACACACACACACACACACACACACACUACCCCUCCCACACUACCCCUCUAACGCUUUCUCCCUCCCCCUCCAGGUACCAUCUCAUCCUGGGUGGUGAUCUUUAUAUUACCCAUCAACAGCGCCCUGAACCCCAUCCUCUACACUCUGACUACCAGCUUCUUCAGAGAACAGGUAGUGGUUAGCAGGACCAAUGGGGCUCCUGGUCAAAAGUAGUACACUAUAUAGGGAAUAGAAUGCUAUUUGGGACGCACCCUCUCCUAGUUGUUGUUUUUUUUCUUUAAAUUUACCUGCCACCAUUGGUAAAUAAAUACCAAUACCAUGUGUAUGUAUAGUAUUCAGACCCCUUGACUUUUUCCACAUUUUGUUACGUUACAGCCUUAUUCUAAAAUUGAUUUAAAUAUAUUUGUAUCCUCAUCAAUCUACACACAAUACCCCAUAAUAACAAAGUGAAAACAGGUUUUUAGAAAUUAUAGCAAAUGUUAAAAUAAAUAAAUAAAAUAAUAACGUAUUUACAUACGUAUUCAGACCCUUUGCUAUGAGACUCAAAAUUGAGCUCAGUUGCAUCCUGUUUACAUUGAUCAUCCUUGAGAUGUUUCUACAACUUGAUUGGACUCCACCUGUGGUAAAUCCAAUUGAUUGGACAUGAUUUGGAAAGGCACACACCUGUCUGUAUAAGGUCCCACAGUUGACAGUGCAUGUCAGAGCAAAAACCAAGCCAUGAGGUCAAAUUAAGUUUCCGUAGAGCUCCGAGACAGGAUUGUGUCGAGGCACAGAUCUGGGGAAGGGUACCAAAAAAUGUCUGCAGCUUUGAAGGUCCCCAAGAACACAGUGGCCUCCAUCAUUCUUAAAUGGAAGAAGUUUGGAACCACCAAGACUCUUCCUAGAGCUGGCCGCCCGGCCAAACUGAGCAAUCGGUGGAGAAGGGCCUUGGUCAGGGAGGUGACCAAGAACCCGAUGGUCACUCUGACAGAGCUCCAGAGUUCCUAUGUGGAGAUGUGAGAACCUUCCAGAAGGACAACCAUCUCUGCAGCACUCCACUAAUCAGGACUUUAUGGUAGAGUGGCCAGAUGGAAUCCACUCCUCAGUAAAAGGCACGACAGCCGGCUUGGAGUUUGCCAAGAGGCACCUAAAGGACUAUCAGACCAUGAGAAACAAGAUUCUCUGGUCUGAUGAAACCAAGAUUGAACUCUUUGGCCUGAAUGCCAAGCGUCACGUCUGGAGGAAACCUGGCACCAUCCCUAUUGUGAAGCAUUGUGGUGGCAGCAUCAUGCUGUGGGGAUGUUUUUCAGCGGCAGGGACUGGAAGACUAGUCAGGAUCGAGGGAAAGAUGAACGGAAGAAAGUACAGAGAGAUCCUUGAUGAAAACCUGCUCCAGAGCGCUCAGGACCCCAGACUGGGGUGAAGGUUCACCUUCCAACAGGACAACGGUCCUAAGAACACAGCCAAGAUAACGCAGGAGUGGCUUCGGGACAAGUCUCUGAAUGUCCUUGAGUGGUCCAGUGGUUUGCUGAUUUCAACAUUGUGAACAGAGUGCCCCAUGGUGGCGGUGGGGUUAUGGUAUGGGCAGGCAUAAACUAUGAACAACGAACACAAUGGGAUUUUAUUGAUGGCAAUUUGAAUGCACAGAGAUACCAUGAUAAUGCACAGCCCCAUGUCGCAAGGAUCUGUACACAAUUCCUGAAAGCUGAACGUUUCCCAGUUCUUCCAUGAACUGCAUACUCACCAGACAUUUGUCACCCAUUGAGCAUGUUUGGGAUGCUCUGGAUCGACGUGAACGACGGCGUGUUCCAGUUCCCGCCAAUUUCCAGCAACUUCGCACAGCCAUUGAAGAGGAGUGGGACAACAUUCCACAGGCCACAAUCAACAGUCUGAUCAACUCUAUGUGAGGGAGAUGUGUCGCGCUGCUUAAGGCAAAUGGUGGUCACACCAGAUACUGACUGGCUUUCUGAUCCACACCCCUACCUUCUUUUUAUGCAUAUCUGUAUCCCCAGUCAUGUGAAAUCCAUAGAUUAGGGCCUAAUUUAUUUAUUUAAAUUGACUGAUUUCCUUAUAUGAACUGUAACUCAGUAAAAUAUUUUUAACUGUUUUAUGUUGCGUUUAUAUUUUUGUUCAGUGUAUAUUAUUAUAUCAACUAUUAAAAUUAAAACGUAUAGAGAUGCUGCUGUUUAUCUUUUUCAUUCUUCAGGAAUGUUCAGCAUGGCUAUAAAUUAUAGAGAAAUUGACUAAAGCACAAAAAUACCUGGCAACUAGGCAUGACAAAGGAAACAUGAGGUGUCCAUGUUUGAUGUGACAUUUUGAAUGACUUAGAUGUUUUGUUGUUGCUAGGUGGAGUUAUGGUUUUCAUUGCGCCUGCCUAGACUUUUAUUCCUGUAACUACACACGUGAAGCUGCAAGAAAAUCAUAUUUAAAUGUGCAGUACAUCAAACCAUUUUCAAAUGUUGACUCUGAUGUCAUACACUGGACCCUUUAUUUAUAGAAAGACCCAUAUAUACAGUGCAUGUGUAUAUUGAGUUUUGAAUGAUUUUGUAUUUUGUCUUUAUUUACUGUAACCAGGUAAGACAUUGAGAAUGCAUUCUCUUUUAUAAUAACGACCUGACAGUUUAUCUGAAAUGAUUUAUUAAAAAAAAAAAAUGUAUUGAUCCAUUCUGUCAUCUGUUUAACAAUAACAGGUGGAGGUGCUGUUGUGUCGCUGGCAGAGAAGGUCAACCCUGAAGAAGAACAGAAAAAGCCUGACCGCCUCUACUGUAUUCAUAGAGGCCUCACGGAAUACAUACUACCAGCCGCCAGCAUACCUGCCUACUGUACCCCGGAUAUCACAGACUGA